AUGAAGUAUUUAUCAACUGGAAUUUCUUUUCGAAACUUAUCGUUUUCAAUGCGAAUGGGUGCAUGUACCAUAUCAAAGAUUGUUCAUGAAGUUUGUCUAGUCAUAUGGGAAGAAUUUGUACAUGACUUUAUGCCAGUUCCUACAAAACAACUUUGGGAAAAAGUUGCUAAGGACUAUUAUAAUCGAUGGGGUUUUCCGAACUGCAUUGGGUCUUUAGAUGGGAAACAUUGCCAAAUUAAGUGUCCAAAAAAUUCAGGAUCGAGCUACUUCAAUUAUCUCAAAUACUUUUCAUUGGUUCUACAAGGAGUUGCAGAUGCAGACAAAAAGUUUUUGACAGUUGAGGUAGGAGCAAGAGGAAAGCAGAGCGAUGGAGGAACAUUUGCAUCUUCGGCACUUCUUCAUUUAAUGGAUAGUACCUAA